GUUUUCCCGCCAAAGUACACGACAGCACAAGUACGGCGGCAAGUUGUGCGCAACAACGACAACAACAACCAUGACGGACCGUGCGGUGCACAACGUGUUCAGUGGCGCAUCGCUGGCUGUGGACAGGUGCAACAACGAGCGUGGAGAUGCAGCGUUCUUGGAGCAGGCGUUGACCUCGGCGCGUGCACGCUUCCUUCCCUUUGUGAACCUGGAAGUGGUGGUGAAUUCCACAAGCUCGGCAGCAGUGCCAAAGCUUGUCUGGUUGUCACGCCAACACCCAGCCAUUGCCGCCCUGCUGGACAACUCCGCCAGCAGCAGCGACGACAAGCACUUCAGUCACAAGGGCUGUGUGCUUCUUGGCAAGGUCACGGAUGCCACUGAACUUGACAACGUGGAGGUGGGUGACUUUUUGUGGGCAUUUCCGACUACACCGCAAACUUUGGCGGAGCACUCGUUCGGCGAGGCGGCAGCUCCGCUGAAUGUUCGCACCUAUGCUCUGAGCACGGCAACACGCACAGAGGCAGCCAUCACUGCCCAUGCAAAGGCGUUGCUUGAGUUUCUACAGCGACACCGGUUCUGCGGGCUGUGUGGCAAGCGCGUUGUGGCGCGAAAAGGCGGCAGUGAGCUUGCGUGCGAGGCCGCACCAGAGUGCACGGGCCGGUGGUUCCCGCGCACGGACCCCGUCGUCAUCAUGGUUGUUGUCGACCCCGCCACCAACAGCGCGCUGCUGGCCCGCCAGUCGCGCUACCCGCCUGGCAUGUGGUCUGCGCUGGCCGGAUUUAUGGAGCACGGCGAGUCUGCGGAGGAGGCGGUGCGGCGGGAGGUGCAGGAGGAGGCCGGCGUGCGCGUGGGCGCGUGCACGUACCACUCGUCGCAGCCGUGGCCGUUCCCGUACUCGCUCAUGCUCGGGUUUGUGGCGCAGGCGACCACCACGGACAUCACCGUCGACCCGAACGAGCUUGAGGACGCGCGAUGGUUCACGCUGGCGGAGGUGCAGGCGAUGCUGGAGAACAGCGGCGGCCAAGACGGCCUGCGCACCCCACCGAGCGGGGCCAUUGCACACCAGCUCAUGCGCCACCACGUCGCAACAGCCACGGCACAACAGCAACAGCAGCAACAACAGCAGCAACAACAGCAGCAGCCCAUGUCCAUGCUGUAAUCUAUCGUGGACGCGCGCUAUUUGCCCCGUGCAUGCGUGUGUAUUGUGUAGAACGCUUCGAAGACGUGCUGUGCUGUCUUGGACUGCUUUUUUUUUUUUUCACCCGCGUAAGAUGAUGUCUUGCAUCAAUCCACCAAACCAGAUACGAAUUCACACAUGUUUACACCUGUGCCGCACACGUGGUUUAGUUUCUCUCGAGCACCUGCACGCCAGUAAAUUAACCAACAGUCGCACUCAG